AUGGAGAGCUCAUCGACCCCUCUCGCCGAGUAUUUCUGGAUCGCUGGUGUAGAGUCGGUGUCCUACCAAGAUCCCAACUCACAACCCGCACCUGCUGUUCCCGUCGAGUCCACCAUUAUCGAAGAUGGCGAGCCCGAAGACGAGUGGACAAAUGGCGGCCAGCCAAAAACGAACGCUCGACACUCGCGACAGAACUCUGCCAGCCGUCUUUCUAAGAUGUCUCUCACCGAACGGUUUUCGAUACAAACACUCGACGACACAGACGGAAACACCAAGAGCAACCGCAGCAGCGCCACUAUUCGUGCUGUGAACCCUCCCGAUUUCAGCAAUGGCAAUGACGACAGCAACGGCAACAGCCAAACCCCCGCUCCCAGCGGUACUUUGGGCGAAGGUUCCAUGUUUAUGGGUGACUUUGACUUCGAUAAGGCCUUGGUCAAGUUUGCAGCCGAGCGCGAGGUCUUUCUUGAGGACCUCACUUUCAGUGCGGGCGCAAAAGUUCAGGCUCGGGCACCAAUGGUGAACCCUAGGAUGGAGAGGAUCCGGGCUGAAGAAAGCGAUAGCGGUAGACUGAGUCCUCUCAGAAGCAUUAAGGGUAGUAUCCGCCGCAAGAUGAGCUUUAGGGACAUGAACAGUGUGCGCAAACAGCCCAGCAACAGGAUCAGCACAAGCCGUGCAGCCUCCAUCCGAACAACAAGGCGACUCAGCAAUUACAACUCCGUAAUCCCUCCCCCCGAACCCCUCAAUACAGAUCCCGACAUGCAUCCCCUCAAACGACGCUUCGAGCCCGUUCUUCUCGACCGUUACCCUCCACAGGAGGCUGGAGAUGAAAUCUCUCGGCGUGGAAGGUUUCCCGACUACGUGCCUAUGUUUGCUUUCCCCAACGACAUCCAGAUCGUUUCAUCCGAUGACAGACCGCGAUCCACAUGGCAUGGUUUCACCAUGACCUCAGACGACAACUCAAAAUUGUACGGCAUUACAAUCAUUAUCUGGAUUGCUCUCAACGCCGAUGUGGCCGAGGACGUUGAAAAGAAGUGCGAGGAAUGGCGUCAGAGCCACAUGUCCGAAGAAGAACGAGAGCUGGCAGCAAGCUUGGGUGUCAGAUUGGCAGGCGAACGCACCCACCUCUCGCAGCUCCUGGCAAAACUACCCACGAUCCCGUCGGGCUCUCCAGCUCGUGAGAGGCUCGAAGACGAGAUCAGUACAGUCGAAGAAAAGAUCACCCUCAUGACGGAUAUGCUUAGGCCCCUGAGACAUGGUGCUGCGUCCAAGAUUGAGGGCCUUACUGCUGGUGAAAGUGGGCUAUGGGCGCCUCGUGCUUACGGCAUUCUUGGCCGAGACGCGGGCAACAUGUCUUUCUGGAAAGAAUGGCUCAAGGCUAUUGUCACGCCCAUGACUGAUGGGAGUGUGCUAAGAAUACCUCCAAGCUCGCCAAGAGUUGGACGCUGGCAACCUCUAGAACGAUAUGUUGUCAAUCUCUGCACAGAGGCGUUCAACCCCCUAGGAUCCAAGACUCAAGUCGAAUUAGGAGUGCGAGAGCUGCGUCUUUAUGCCCGGAAAGAAGCUGACAAUGAAAUCCCUGGCUCUCGGACCAUCGAUAUCUAUGCACUGUUCCGUUGUCUGUCACUCGAGAACAUUGUCGCCCUGUUCGAAUAUGCCAUGGCCGAAUCUCGAAUUAUUUUCUUAUCUUCUCACACUAGCAUGUUGCAUCUUGCUUGUCACGCGUUGGCAAAUCUCCUGUACCCCCUCAAAUGGGCCAGCAUCUUCAUCCCUAUUCUCCCUGCACGCCUUUUGUCAGCUCUCGAGGCACCUUGUCCAUACAUUGUCGGCAUUGAGCGUCGUUACGAUAAUAUCGAACUACCUGAAGACGAUUAUGUGCUCGUUGACUUGGACAAGGACACUAUUGAUGCUACCUCGCAGCCUGUCCGACUUCCUCGUCAAGCUCGUAGGAAACUUAUGUCGCUCCUGCAAGUUGCAGCCCCUCAUAAGCUUCGAUAUGGAGUUGCGACUGGGCCCCCUCCUUAUGCUAUGGAGUCAUUCCCUUAUGAUGCUUUCUCGACCGAAAAUGGGUCCUUGUUCAGAACUUCGACCCCGAAGAGCACCCUUGGCAAGUGGGUGUCUCAGAGCUCUUCAGGAUUUGGAGAGGCCGAUCCGCCCAACGAGAUCCAGCCCCCAAUCUUCAACGCUUUUGCUUCAGCACAUGUUGAGAAUGGCAAAUCAGACAGGCCCAGCACAAGCAAGUCUGGCAAGACAAGCCCCCAGUCAUCUGUUUCUCCUGUUUCCAUAAACUUCCCUCCCAUGCCUUCUACACCCGUGUCUCGCAGCGACUCGGGUUUCGCUCUUGCAUCUACACUUCGGGAGAAGCGUUCGGGCCAUUUUGGCGAAGAAAAGAUGCGUCGCAGCUCCUCCUUCGGCGUUGACAAGCACCCGCCGUUCCAAAAGCCGGGUAUGCCCUUUCUCAAUGGUCAUCAGGCCAACUUGUCUAUCUCAGCAAUUUCGGUAGAAUCUCAAAAUUCUGUUAUUGGUGGAGCGAAUGGUGGUUACGGAGGAGGAUAUGCUCCGUCAACUUAUGCGCAAUCAACGCUUGCAGCAUCAACCAUAAUGCCCAGCAUGCAGAUCCAGCCUGUACGAAACACAGAAACCACAGUCUGGGUCGAGGGACACUGUUUCAAUUACAUGCCAAAAGACAACACCUCGAUGUGUACUAUCUGUAAUGAUCUGGCCGAGGGAGAUGGUGUUUACAGAUGCACUGGCUGCAAGAUUGUUUCUCAUGGAAGAUGUCUUGGGUACUGUUCGCUUAUCUGUCCCGAGGCUUUCCAUGCUGACCGCGUGCGUGCGGCGUUUGUCCGCUGCCUUGCGAGUCUUCUGUAUACUUAUCGCAAGUAUCUCGGUCGACCUUCGAAGCAGCAAAAGUCCAACGGCCAAUUGUAUGCCUUUGAUAUGGAUGGAUUCAUCAAGAGUCUUCCGCACGAUCAGCACGAUUAUGCUGCGAUGAUGCGUGAAACACAGUGCUUCAAUGAGUUUAUCCAUGAUCGAGAAAUGCAGCCAGCCAACGAUGCUUCAAUCCGUCUGUUCGAUGAAAUUAUUAUGGCCAAGAAGGCUCGAGGACGUUCUGGUUUAGCGACUGGCCUCUCCCGCCUCUCCACACUCCGUGCUUCCCAUGGUGCCUCGACUUACGGUGGCUUCGGUCCUGCACGCGGCGGUUCCAACAGCAAGAUCCCCGCUUUCCUCGGUGAUAUAUCCGAUCACAUCUGGCGGACUGCUUCGGUGCCACUACCCAAGGGCAACUUUCCCGGAGAGUACAAGACUAUUGUCACCCGAACCCCCGCCCGUCUCGAUCGGUCUCUGAUGCGAGAACCUCGGUCUAUUCAAGGCAUGCCCCGGGUAGAGCCACGGGGUACGCGUGGACUCAUCCGAAAGCAAGUUCCCAACAUGUUUGGCACGACCCCUCCCACUUGA